AGGAUGGAUCUAGACGAUGAUCUAAUCCCUACCAAGGAUACAUCAGGAGGGAUUCUAGAGAUAGAUUUGAGUAAACCUGAUGCUCUCCUUCUACAGCAGAGAUCCAUUGUAUCCAGGAUAUCUAGGGAGGACUUAGAGGACAGGUACUUGAGAGUACUAGAAGAGAAUGCGUCUCUGAAAAAGCAUGCAGUUAAGCAGGAGGAUAAACUGAAGAAACUUGCAACUAAACUUAUCAGAGUUCUCUCUGACAAGAAGCGAAUGGAGAAUGCAGCUGGAGGCCAAGGAAGGAUCAGAGAUAUCGAAACUGAAGAACUAAUUGAGGAUCAGCAACAAAGAAUCAGGGAGCUGGAGCAACAGAACGGAGGAUUGCGGGAGAAGUUAAUGGUUGCGAGGAAUCAGAUCGUCGGAAAACCUGUUCGGAGGCAUACUCCUAGUACACCUCUUCCUCCGAGAGCACCAUCCGCUCAAGGAUACGUUCCUGCAUCUCCUGUACCAGGAUACGGACCAGGACAUGGACACGGACAGGGAAAUGGCCACGGAUAUGGACAGGGGAAUGGACAAGGACCAGGAAAUCAAACACAACUUAUCUCACAACAAGCAGCAAGAUUACUGGAAGAAGCUAGGAAUGAAAACCGGCAACUAGAAGAUCAGGUGAAUACAAUUCGUGAACAGCUAAAUAUUUAUGAGCAGGAGAUUGAUCAGAUUAAAGAGCAGAGCAGGAUAAAGGAGAAUAAUCUUGAAGAGGAGGUUUCAGCACUUAAAACUCAGGUUUCCCAAAGCCAACGGCAAACUGUAGCUGAGAAUAUAGAACUGAUCAGGGUUCAACGAGAGUGUAAAGUAAAGGGUUCUGAAAUACAAAGUUUGAAAGCUCAGCUUGAAGUAACAGAAGAAAAUAUCAGAAAACUGAAGGUCAAUUUUUAA